UCACGCACUGCCGACCGCAGCUGCCUGUCAAGAUGGUAAUGUCACACGGGCGCGCGUAUAUAACGAAAACCUGUUAAAUCUACCUGCUUUCUUGGAGCGAAUACCUGUCGCCUGGAGCCCAGAACUUACGGGCAUGUUUGUUUUAACACUCGUUUUAACUUUGGUAGACUUUAUCUCCUCGGUCACGCUCAGAGAAGAACUAGUUUACCCAGAGCUUCUGCAGCAGCGUAGCGACGAUGGACGGUUGCUCCUUCGAAUCAACCGCGACAUGACGCUGCGACUUGAGAGGAGUUUGGUGUUGGCCAAUGAUCUAUUUUUCUCAACGAAUUCCGCCGGAAAGUACGAAAACACAUUGUGGAACGGAUCUCGUAUACAAGAAAAUCUGUACCAUGAUAGCAAGCACCAGUCCUCAGUGAUGCUUUACCAAGACGGCCACACUUUGAGAGUAAAAGGCAUAUUAAGCCCCACAUUGCGGAUAAAACCAAUACUAUUAGGCGAGCGCUCCAGGGAUCCUAGAAUACUUCAUAAAGUCUAUGAAAUCGAAGAUCCAAAACGAGAGUUCGGGAAAUGUUCGUAA